AUGGUAAGAAGGAAAAGGAAUUUUAUAUGGGCUGUUAUUGAAGAUGAAUCUCAUUGGAUUGAGGACCGGGAUCUUAUGGCUGCUUUCUUUAGAAGCAAAUUCUUGGAGACAUUCAAUUCGACUAACCCUGAGAUAGAUGAGGAGCUUUUUACUCUUGUGGAGUCGUGUAUCUCUAUGGAAGAAAAUGAUAGUAUUAUGGUUGUCCCGUCUCUUGGGGGAGUUAGAAAAAUUUUGGCUAAUAGGAUUCGUCCAGUUCUGGAGAAUAUUAUCAUCCCUUUCCAAUCUUCUUUUGUGAAAGGAAGAUGGAUUGUGGAGAAUUCCAUCAUUGCAAGUGAGAUCGUUCACAAUAUGGGCAAGAGACAGGGGAAAAAUGCUUUUGUGGGGAUUAAGUGCGAUAUGUCUAAGGCUUAUGAUAGAUUUGAGUGA